UGUUACAUGAGAGCUGGCCGACGUAUGUCGCUCAAAAUCGAGAAGAGGGUGGUGAUGGGCGGAAGGAAGGGGCCUGGCUUUCAAGCGGAGCGAAAGACCGAGAUUCGAACGCGAAACGGCGGCUUUGAGGGCCAGAUCCAAGAAGUCGAGCACUCGGGACGAAACUUCGCAGGACGCUAGCCAGCGUAGAGCAGAC